CACUUCAGGAAAAGGGCGUCUGCCAAGUUCUGACUUUUCUUUGCGUUGUUGUUCAGGGCUGGGACCUGGGAGGUGCAACAAUAAAACCAAUUCGUCAGUUGUCUGUAGGGUUAACUUAUGAAAAAAAACUCGUGUAUUAAAUUGAAUUGAUGAUUUUCACAGUGGUUCUGGUUAUGCUCCAGUAACAUGGCCACCGAAAAAGUGACCCUCGCCGACGCGUUGUCCAAUGUUGAAGUGCUUGAUGAAUUGCCACUGCCAGAUCAACAACCAUGCAUUGAAGCCCAGGCUUGCUCUGUAACUUACCAAGCCAACUUUGAUACAAAUUUUGAAGAUAGAACUGCGUUUGUGACUGGAGUAGCGAAGUACAUAGAAGAAGCUACUGUUCAUGCAAGCCUGAAUGAUAUGCUUCGAGAAGGCCAAGAGCAUGCAGUGAUGCUAUAUACAUGGAGAUGCUGUUCCAGGGCAAUUCCUCAGCCUAAAUCAAAUGAACAGCCUAACAGAGUUGAAAUAUAUGAAAAGACUGUUCAGGUUUUGGCACCAGAAGUUAACAAAUUGUUGAAUUUUAUGUAUUUUCAACGAAAAGCAAUUGAGCGCUUUAGUGCCGAAGUUAAACGUCUAUCCCAUGCUGAGAAACGUAAGGACUUCGUGUCAGAAGCCUACUUGCUCACUUUGGGAAAAUUCAUUAAUAUGUUUGCUGUUCUGGAUGAACUGAAGAACAUGAAAUCUAGUGUAAAAAACGAUUACUCUGCAUAUCGCAGAGCUGCCCAGUUCCUUAAGGUGAUGACAGAUCAGCAGGCGCUUCAAGAAUCGCAAAACCUGUCGAUGUUUUUAGCCACCCAGAACAAAAUCCGUGACUCACUUAAAGAAGCCCUUGAAAAAAUUCCAUCUUAUGAGGAGCUGCUGGCUGAUGUCAUCAAUUUAGCAGUUCACAUGCUCGAAACGCGCAUGUAUCUUCUACCGGAAGAGAAACAUAUGCUAGUCAAGGUUCUGGGCUUCGGAUUGUUCCUAAUGGAUUCAGAAAUAUGCCAGAUAAACAUUUCCAAGUUGGAUCACAAAAAGCGUAUUAGACUCGACAAGAUCGACAAAAUCUUUAAAAAUCUGGAAGUUGUCCCGCUCUUUGGUGACAUGCAAAUUGCCCCAUUUAACUAUAUAAAGCGUUCAAAAACGUAUGAUGCAUCCCGAUGGCCUUUGUGUGGCGCAACUCUACCUUCCCCUCAAGCUGAUUUAAUGGUUCACUUACCACAGAUCCGUGAAGAUCACGUAAAAUUCACUAGCGAACUAGCACGUUAUAGUAACGAAGUCACUACUACGUACAAAGAAACGCGUUCCCCAGAGGAGAUGAAAGAGAUGAUGGAACUUGCUCUUCGUGGGUUACAGCUUUUGUCUGAAUGGACAAGUAUAGUUACAGAGCUUUAUUCUUGGAAACUUUUACACCCUACAGACCAUCAUCAAAACAAAGACUGCCCUGCUGAAGCAGAAGAAUACGAAAGGGCUACGCGAUAUAACUACACGGAAGAGGAAAAAUUUGCGCUCAUCGAGAUCAUUGCCAUGAUAAAGGGAUUACAAGUUCUUAUGGCAAGAAUGGAGACAGUAUUCGCGGAUGCUAUACGCCGACAUGUCUAUGCCGAAUUGCAAGAUUUUGUUCAACUUAGUUUGCGUGAACCCCUACGAAAGGCAAUAAAGAACAAGAAAGACUUGAUUCGCAGUAUAAUAGUUUCAGUACGAGAAACUUGUGCUGAUUGGAUUCGAGGCACAGAGCCACAAGACGAUCCAGCUACCAAAGGCAAAAAAGAUCCUGAUAAUGGAUUUGAUAUUCAGGUUCCACGUAGGAAUGUUGGCCCAUCUUCGACCCAACUCUACAUGGUCCGAACCAUGCUGGAGUCGCUAAUAGCGGAUAAAUCUGGUGGUAAACGUACACUACGCAAAGACAUCGAUGGAUCUUACCUCAUGGCGAUUGACCAAUUCCAUAAGAAUUCAUUUUUCUGGAAUUAUCUGCUUAAUUUCAGCGAAACCCUACAGCAAUCGUGUGAUCUUUCACAACUAUGGUACCGAGAGUUCUAUCUCGAAAUGACAAUGGGCAAAAGAAUUCAGAAAUGUUGCGUGAAGCACCAACACAACGAGGAAUGCAAAGACGUGGUCACGCUGGAGAAAAGAAUUCAGUUUCCCAUCGACAUGUCGAUGCCUUGGAUUCUGACAGAUCAUAUUCUGCGUACUAAGGAACCUUCCAUGAUGGAGUGCGUUCUUUUCCCGCUUGAUCUCUACAACGAUUCUGCUCACUAUGCACUGACUGUUUUCCGUAAACAGUUUUUGUAUGACGAAGUUGAAGCUGAAGUUAAUCUGUGUUUCGAUCAGUUCGUCUACAAACUCAGCGAACAAAUUUUCGCCUACUAUAAGCAUUUAGCUGGAAGCAUCAUGUUAGAUAAACGUUUUCGAGCUGAAUGCGCCGCAUUGGGCACGCGCUUUACCUACCCGCCUGCCAACCGCUACGAGACUUUGAUGAAACAGCGCCAUGUUCAACUGUUGGGUCGUUCAAUUGAUUUGAAUCGAUUGAUAUCUCAAAGAGUUAACGCUGCGCUUCUCAAAGCCCUGGAGUUAUCUGUCGCACGUUUUGAAGGUGGCGAUAUCACUGGCGUAGUGGAAUUAAGUGGUCUCCUAGAAGUGAAUCGUCUGACUCAUAAGUUGUUGAGCAGAAAUUUGGCAAUGGACGAUUUCGACGCAAUGUGGAGGGAAGCAAAUCAUAACGUCUUGGCGCCGUAUGGCCGUGUGACGUUGCAUGUCUUUUGGGAGCUUAACUAUGACUUUUUGCCCACUUAUUGUUACAAUGCCGCCACGGGUCGCUUCAUAAAGUGCCGUGACUUGCUUUUCAGUCAACCCGUCCAACGAGACAAACCUCCCCAAACUCCCUAUCAUUACCUUUGGGGAAGUAAGGCAUUGAAUAUUGCCAAUGGGAACAUCUUCAAUCAGUAUUCAGGAUUCGUAGGGGCACCACAUUUUAAGGCUAUCUCCAAUCUUCUGGGUUAUCAGGGAAUCGCUGUCGUCAUGGAGGAGAUUCUCAAGAUCAUUAAAUCUCUAGUACAGGGCAACAUACUACAGUUUACGAAGACCCUGAUGCAAGCGAUGCCAAAACAAUGCAAAAUGCCUCGUUACGAUUACGGGUCGACUGGUGUCUUAGGAUAUUAUCAGGCACAAUUGAACGACAUAGUGCAAUAUCCUGAUGCACGAACAGAGUUAUUUCACAAUUUCAGGGAGUUUGGAAACGCUCUGAUAUUUUGUCUCUUGAUCGAACAAGCAAUGUCACAGGAAGAAGUCUGUGAUCUGCUUCAGGCAGCGCCUUUUCAAAAUAUUCUCCCAAGACCGUUCGUCAAAGAAGGAGAAAAGUUGGAAGCUAAGCAGAAAAAAUUGGAGAACAAGUACGCGGCUUUGCAAAUAGUCGCAAAUAUUGAAAAAUUGGGUACGGCCAAGCAGACUUUGAUUGCGCGAGAAGGAGAUCUUUUAACUAGGGAACGUCUUUGCUGUGGUCUUUCGGUUUUUGAAAUGGUGCUUAAUCGCAUCCGCACUUUUCUGGACGAUCCCAUUUGGACUGGCCCUGCUCCUGUCAAUGGCGUGUUAACGGUCGACGAGUGCACAGAAUUUCAUCGACUCUGGUCAGCGUUGCAAUUUGUGUACUGUAUUCCUGUUGGUGAGAACGAAUUCACAGUUGAACAGCUUUUCGGUGAAGGCCUUCAUUGGGCCGGAUGCACCAUGAUUGCCUUGUUGGGGCAACAGCGAAGAUUCGAGGCAUUGGACUUCUGUUAUCAUAUCUUACGUGUCCAGCGUGUCGACAAUAAGGAUGAAACUGUCAAAGGCAUCCAGCUGAAGCGAUUGGUGGAUCGCAUCCGCAGAUUCCAAGUCCUGAACUCACAAGUAUUUGCCACUCUCAACAAAUACUUGAAAACAAGUUCGGGUGAUGUAGAUUCGCAGCCUGUGGAACAUGUGCGUUGUUUCCAGCCUCCUAUACACCACUCGCUAGCAGCGAACCAGGGUCACUAUUAUAGACCCGACCAACUUCUUCGACAGUCCAUGAACAUAGCCAACACUUCAGGUAUAAUCGCGAAUAUGACAAUAGAACAGCAUUAGAAUGACAUUCUUCUCGAAUUUACGUGUUUUGUCUUUCCCGACUAUAUUGUGUUCCUCUUUUCGAAUUUGGCUUUUUAACUACGAGCUGGUUACCUUAUGUUAUGCAAUUAGUUCCCGGUCGCAUUACCAUCUUUUUGCCCUUGCAACGAAUGUUUUCAGCUUAAUUUCUAUAUGCUUUAGACCGGUUGGCCAUUGAGAAGUACUUCUUCGAUUCAUCAUCCACGUUAAGAUUCAAAACAAAAAGGAAAACAAAAAAAUAUUGGAAUUCUUUUCCUA